GAGUUCGUAGUAUCCACCAAAGAUUGUAUAUCGCCCUCGCACUGGCGCGCCGCUAAACAAUCUUCGGUAUCCACACAGGACAUUGACAGUGAGUCCUCUUCACACUGUACCGGUAUUUCGCUCCAUCAGUACAGUGCAGGUAACCUUGGCAGGCAUUCUGUUGUCUAAAAUGUGCGUGUAGCCUGAACUAGGGCAGGGCCAGUACUUUGUGGCAACAUCCUAGUGUUUGUGUCAUAUCAGUGAAGUCGGGUGUGUUUUCUUACUCCACCAGGGCUUAACGUGAGGUGUCAUCGGCCUGGAACUAACCUAGAAAAUAGAAGCAAGAGCCCCUUGGCUUGAGCAGUUGAGGUGUUUGUUGAGUUGUCAGCGUUGUAACUCAUUAGGACUCAGCAGGUGACUUACCAACUGAGGCCUCUUGUACAUGUACAUGUGAAUUUAUUUCUCCGAGUUGAAGACAGCUGGCACCAUGGAUGAUUUGGGGAAGGCGGUUGAGAAGUUACAGCUGAAUACUGAGGAGGGCGAUCCCGUGUCAUGCCUUGACUGCAUGCUACAAGCAUUGGAACAAGACGGUAAUACCGUUGAGGAAUCCAGUGCUCGUCUCCUAAGCCUGGGGACGGUAGCAAUUCUGACAGAACAGCUGAAGCAAACAGACAAGGAAAUUUCCCUGGGGAGGAUCUGCAACAUCAUUGCUGAGAUGGCCAAAAAUGAGAGCAUUCGCGAUCCUUUCGUAGAUGCGGGCAUCAUCCCCACCCUGAAUGGCUUGCUGUCACACCAGGACCAAGAUGUAGUGAUACAGGCAUGCCGAGCACUGGGGAACAUCUGCUGUGACCAUGACGAGGCCCGGCAAACCAUCCAUGAUACAGAGGGGGUAGAACGACUACUGGAAUUGCUGAAAUCAAGAUCCGUCACACCCGACACCGACUCAAUCAAUCAGAAGGUCCGAGUGGUUGCUAGUGGUUACCUGAUGAAUCUUACUUAUGCCAAUGGCAUACUCCAGACUAAAGUCAGAAUGCAAGGGGGCAUUGACCUCCUCGUGUUGCUCAUGAAGAACUUCCCGGACGACAUCAACCUGUGCGGCAAGGUCAUCAUGUGCAUCGGCAACAUUGCUGAGCUUGAUGAGAACAAGGUAGGCUUUGUUAACUGUGGCAUCACAGAGCUUCUCAUCAAGGCACUUAAGAUGGUUGGCGAUGAUGAUCAGUUGGAGACAGUCUUUGAAGUCAUCGCAACCCUGGCUGAAAACGAUGCCAUGAAGCUUGAGUUUGCCAAGGCCGACUUGGUACCGACCGUUCAGGAUGUGGUGGACAAUUUCAUGAAGCAGGAGUCGGCUGGAGGCAGCCAGUCGGACGAGGACUUUGACAUUGAGAGAGUGGCCAGUGACAUCAUCAUCUUGCUGCUGACUGGAGAUGAGAGUAUGAAAUACCUCUUCAAUGAGGGUCAAGGGUCACUAUUCAAGAUGGUCAUGUCUGACUGGAUUAAGUCUCCCACUGACCUCUACCAAAUAUCCGGUGCGCUGGCUAUCGGCAACUUCGCAAGAAACGAUGAGCACUGUAUCAAACUGGUAGAGCUUGGCGUGUUGGGACCCUUGCUACAGCUCCUGAAAAGACCGGAAGGAGAGGAGCUGGACAUGAGACUGGGUCAUGCAGUGCUCAGUGCUCUCAAGAACCUUGCUAUACCAAAGGUCAACAAGCCCUUGCUGCUGGAAGCUGGUAUCUUAGACGUAAUUUUACCCCUUCUGAAAUUAGAGAUGCAUCCAGUUGUAUUUAAGCUAUUAGGAACGUGCAGAAUGCUUAUUGAUGGCCAAGGGGAAACAGCAGUGUCCUUGGGUUGUAAUGCUGAAUUUAUUGAGAGGGUUGCUGACCUCAGUGACUGCCAGAUACACGCUGGUGUAGCAGGAGAAGCUAAUAGGUUACUAGCGGCACUCAUUAAACACUCGGCCAACACCCAGGUCAUGCACUGCAUCAUUGAGCACGGCGGGAUGCCUCGCCUGGUUGCCAUGGCGAUGAGUGAGCACACACUCAUGCAGAAUGAGGCAUUGAUAGCACUCACCCUCCUCUCCUCUACACAGUUGGAUCCCUCAGCCGUGCAAGCCCUCAUGGAUGCCAAUCUGCUGGGGAUGGUUAGCAGGGUCCUAAAGGCGAACACCACUGCCCCUGAGAUUCAGUGCAAUGUUCUUUCCCUCGUGGGCUUUCUAACACAGUCAGAUGUUCUAAAAGAGGUGAUGAUUCAAGGUGAUCUGCUCGAGGCAAUCAACAUGCUGGCGUCAAGCAACAUUGAGGCAGUACGCAGGAAAGCCGCGAACGUACGAGAGCAUUUUACAUGAACCACACGGCCUGCUUCGAUGAGCCACUUUUUUGGUGGGAAGAGAUUUCUUGCAAGAUGACUGAAAUGUAGGCCGCUAAUUUAGCUGAAGCUUGAAAGUUUGAUGCACGGAACAAGGAACCUUCCCCAGCAAACCCUUCUUAUUGCUGCAUGCGCACAACGGAUACAGGCUUUUGCGUUGCCCUAGAAAUUGCUGGCUGGUUUGCAAGUUUCCACAUGAGGAACAGAGCAUGUGACCCAGUAGUGUCACACAACAGCAGAGGAGACAUUGCCGAGGUUAAAGUUGCAACACUCAGAAACGAGUCCCAGGAUAUUUUGCUCCAAUGGCAAGCACUUAAGUGCAAGAGAUAUGGGCUGUGAUUAUGUUAGCUACGAUUUGGCACAGGAUUUAGAGAGUUUGGUUUAAUGAAUGCCGGCGUUACUGCUGAUGUUGGCGAAGUCAUGUGGCAGUAGAGGAGACAUUGUUGAAAUUCAAGUUGAACGCAUGCAUCUUCAUUUACAAGAGGAUGGGCUAUAAUUGAGGAAGACACUGUCGCACAGGAUUUGGAAAUCUGAUUAAACGAAUGGCAGGAACUCAGGUUUACGGCAGAGUUAAGCAGGAUUGCAGGCUUGAAACUUCAGCAUUGUGCAGCAGACCAGACAUUUCAGAGCAAGGUAUCGGAAUAAGUGAAUGUACAAAAGCGUUUUCACACAUUUGCUGGCAGUCCAAGUACAUGCAUAUGAAAUAAAUUGUAAAUUACAUCACAAGUGCAAUAUACUGUGAAGGAAGUCCACUUAACCACUUCACAGAAAACCUAAAGCUGCAGAAUACAUGUAAAGGCACCUUGUAAAAUACAUUUAAAGACAAUCUGUCCUUGUUAGAAUGUGUCGUAGACCAUGCAUCGUUUGUUUCAGAACACAAGUGAGGAUUUUAAAAACGACUGGACACGGCCUUUUUAGCAGUUACAGAUAUUCAAAAGAGUUACACUUAAGUAGAAUGGAAUUGCAGGUGUAAAACUAUUUAGUAAAGGUGUGUUUACAAUGGGCUUCAGUUUACAAUCCAAAAAAGCAAACACAUCUAAAUUGCAGCAUUAAAGGAAUACAUAAUGGAAACCUACAUACAGAAGUUGGGAAGCUUGAGCACCAUUGUUCAUUUGGAACAACUGAGUCCCCAGCGUAAUUAACAACAUUGUCAAGCAGGUACAGUGAAGCGAUGCAGAGUUUAUGCUGGAUGAGGCAAAAAAUACUGGUACAUGUACCGCAGCCGAUAGAUAGAGACUUGAAAUGCACAGGAAAGCUUGCAACAUUACAAGGAAUGUGGUGUUAAGCACAUGCCAGUUUCAUUCUGCCAUGAAUACUAUGUUCUAGACAAGACUUACCAUUGGAUUUGAUGAGGCAUGUGUACUAGUAAGUUCAAAGUGCCAGGUUCAAAUCCAACUUUGAUUACCUAUAAUCUUGUUUCCCCCCAACGAUCGGGACACUGGCUAUACAGAUACACAUGGGACUAAAAGUUGGCUGAAUUGGAGAAAGACAUGUAAAGGCACGCACAAAACUGUAAGCGUAAUGUGAUGUACCAAAUUACAUAACGGAAUGUCCUUCAAACGCAACUCUGUUGAUGUUUCAUUUUUAUUGUUGGAAGGAUUGUUAGUGCAAGGGUUCCCAAUUUUCUUAUUCGGACAGGUUUGAGCACUUAAAGAGUUUUGAGAGUUUGGAAGCAUUACAUUUUGCAUGAAAAUGACUCAAAAUUGUAACGGUUACUUCAGAUACCAUAUAUGGAUUCUGAAAUAUUUGUCUAUUCAGCAAAGACUGUGAAAGCUACAGCUUAAGGGACGUUUAACUUUCUGUGAAGAGAACUCCUCAGUGAUGACUGAUACGAUGACCUCUUUAUGUUCAGAAAUAUUUGGCAGAGUUCCACAGCAUAUGCAUAUUAUGUUGAGACACAUUAGAACCUUGGAUGAUUCCUAGCGACAAUCAGUUUUAUACUGUUGAAUGCGCUGCCAAAAUUUUGAAGAAACUGAAACUAAUUGGGCUAAAAUAUAUCUAGAUGUAUGCAAUGUCUAAACAUGUACCUUGCUCACUCACUACACUUAGUUAAUUCAUGUAAAAUGUAUGUAUUGAUGAAAGCAGCAAGCCAGCUGCACAAAUGUAUGGAAUGUGCUACGUCUCAUAGGUUGAUUCAAUCCUCACUAUCAUUAAGGAUGGAAAUCAGUUACUAUAGCAACUAAUUUGAUAGAUUUGUACUCGUAUUUUGUGUAACCGUAAGCUAAGAUUCUUAGUAAGAAAGAAAAAAUGAAAGCAUAUGCAUUUCCUGUCUACCAAAGCUUUGAGGCAAAAAAUUCAAGCCCAAUGACAGUCCUUCACAUACAUGUACACUGGCUAGGUUGCUUUCAAACAUUCCUGCAACAUACUUCACGGAGCAGUAUUUAUGAUUUCAUUGAAAGGAAUGCAAACACUCGAGGUGUACUUGUAGGAAGUAUUGGUGCUUUGAAGAGCAUUCACUUAACUUUGAAGUUACCGGCUACCAAACUUAACUGCCUUCUUAUUGUAUAAAAUCAUUGGGAAAUAAUGUUCAGCCCAUUCAGGGUUUUGCAUUUGUACGCUAAGCUAUUGCAUUUUUGAAGAUGCAUGAAAUUGUACAGAUAACAUAAAUCGUGGUCUAUAAUGCACAUACAUGUAAAGUCUUGCCAUGAAAGUUGCAGCAAAUUGCGGGAUAAGUGAAUCUUCAUGUAAUUGUUAAUUUACAUCUAAAAAUCUGUAAAUGUCACGUACACUGUUAAAAAUGAACAUGUUGAAAUCAUGCAUAAACUGAGUUUUUAUGCAAUCAACACUUACAGUCUCUGGUUCUCGAUUGGUGGCUGCCUCAAGCGCCUUAUCUUUAGAUUGAUGUUAUAGCAAGGGUGAUCUACAUAUUUAUAUCCAUUACCCAGUCUUGGUUCCAUCUCGUCAUUCGGGAUCUCUUUGAACAAAUGCCUGUUUAUAUGCCUGCUCGCAGGUGUUCUGCAUGAUGCCAAAGCUAUGGCUGCUGACUGAUCCAUUUUGGUUCAUUAGUGUGACGUCACCUCAGUUUAAACCACGGCCACCGCAAAUCGUUAUAUGGAACCGGAAGUUACUUAGGUGAUUAACCAAUUGAAACUUGCGCGUAUAAGACGAAGUCACUUAAGAACCGGAUUGCGUCACAGAAAUGGCAGUCUUUUCACGAAAUUGUUCUGUGUCAACAGACUGCAGUAAGCGUGUUCGUUUCCAAUGCCACAGUACAUGUUUCUGGCCGCUGCAUGUCAGACGUUUGUGUGCGGAAGUUACACAAAAAUCAUGAGUCUGAUUGGCCACAAAACAAUGAGACGGGGCUGUUAGCAUUCUGAUUGAACCCUGUACCAGGUUAGCGUCAUGUUUAAUACGAAUGCAACGUUUACAGAAGCCCGUAGUUGAAAGUGGAGUUCACAAUACUGAGUUGGUUUUUUUUAAUUCAAGUCCCAGAUAACAGCCUGUGAGUUACACAUAUGCGCACAGUCGGUGGUGUCUAAAUCAAAACGGCUGUGGCAAGUAACACACCAUUUGCGCAUGUGCGAAUUGAAACCAAAGCCUUAACUUUAAGACAUUUCCUAAGAAUAGGCCGAUCCAUUAAGUUGUCGUUUGCAUGUCCCGUUGCAGCCAUUCCUAUAAAGGCUGCUUGCUUAUCCAAAUUUUAUGCAUUGCUCUGUUAAUUUGUAUAGAUCGUGGUUUUCCUCUCUGCUGCUUUAACUGCAAAUACUGCACUUUCCACCACUUGUAAAAAGAGAUUAAACCUACAGAUUGUUGCAUGCCAGCAAGGCUGCUGUUGCCUAGCAACCAAAGAGACAAGUAUUCCAAAGACAAAGACUUUCAUCAUUCUACUUCAAUAUUAUACUAAAAAAGUUAGUGAAUUAUCUGUAUUGACUUUAACCUGUACAAGACUUGUAUAAAUUUACUGCAUGAAUUACAAAAUUGGUUGCUAAGCAACCAUGGGAAAUCAAUUUAAAAUCUAGUUUUCGCAUGCUUGAAGAAAAACUUCAUGACAAAAGUGUUGCUUUCUCAGUAAUUUUAAAAUGUGAAUCUUUCCGAUAUUUUUAAGUACUUUUGAAAAUUGAGCUAAAGACACUUUGGCCACCUCUAUCUUUGUUAAUGAUGCUUAAUUUCGAUCUUUUCAUUUUUUAGCGUUACAAGUGUUCAAUAUUUGUUGUUUGAUUUGGAGAUUUCUAUGAGUGUUACCCGGAAAGUUUUGAAGAUUGAAAAAAAAUGGCUUUUUAAAAGAGGGCACAGAGGUGAAUACAGGAAAACUAAACUGUUUUGAAACCUGCUGUUGGUUUUUCUGAAAUAUACGUGUCUGUAGACCACCCCUUGCCCUCUUGCAAUUGGACCGAAAUAGAUUCUGAAAUUUUUUCGCAGAGUUUCAAACCGAUUUAGCAGUGGUAAAAAUAAAAUGUCCAUUUACCAAAGGAGGGUCUACUGAAAUGUUUUUGAAGAGCGAUACCCGCUGUUGGAACAAUAUUGGAGAUUUUACUGGACCAUAACUCACUGUUCAUUUGUAUGUUGGUUUGCUCCAGAAAACACAUUCCACGAAAUUACGAAUUGUGUCACGAAUAGGUGACUUUUGAUUUUUGCAUGUAUGUACGAACGAACUAACGAACCUACAGCUGCAUGUGGCAGUGGUUGAUAUCGUGCAAAAAUUAAUUUGGCGUUUUUCCAAGAUGAGAACAAUUACCGAGGUAGCCACCGUGGUGGUAACCUUUGAACCAUGGUAAUCAAGGUGUUGGUGUUACGAAGAAUCUUAUUUUACACUUUGUAGCCAAAAUUACAUGGUAAGGCUGCAUGACCGUGCACCACAAAACAACUUGUUAAAGGGGCUAUUUUUAAAUAGGAAAUCUGAUUAUCGAAUGUGUGGUAUAUACCAUCAACAUUGGAAGCAUUCCAUUCAUAAAAAUUAUCGAAGUAUGGCUAUUUCAGAAGUGUAAUUACAAAAACAAACUGUAGUCUGUCCCGUUCCAUUCCGUCGAAGGAAGAAUACUAUGUACAUGUAUGCCUGCAGAUUACACUGUUCUCAAAAUACUGUGAAAAGAUUAAAGUGAUUUAAGCACA